AUGGAUUCAUCCCAAAAUGAAAGAGGACCCCAAAAAGAAUCAUCACCCGACCAGUCUUCAUCAAACAGGGAUGCAACGCCGCCCCGGCCACAGUCACCGCCAGCGGCGGCUGCGCAGCCCCAGAUGAUGUAUUACCAGCCGGGAAUGGCCUAUCCAGGUCAAUAUGGAGGCCAACCCCAACCCCAUCAUGCUUACCCGCCAGGAUAUGCCCCAUACCCAAAUGAUCAAUACCCUCACGGAUAUAAUUACCCUGCAGCCCCCUACUACGGCGUUCCGGCGACCUAUCCUCCCGGUGACGGAGGUAGAAGUUUCAUCCGAAGCUUCAUAUUGUGUUCAUGUAUAAUAUUUACGUUCUUCUUCAUUGCAUCCCUUGCGAUGGCGCUAGUGUUUCAUCCCCGACUCCCUAAUUAUAAGGUUAUUUCCCUCUCAGUGGCGAAUUUCAGCACCAAUCCAACCUUAACCGGUGUUUGGAACACCAGCAUCAUAGUAGAGAAUCCCAAUGACAAGCUAAAAAGUUAUUUUUCCGAUUUCAAGGUGGAUUUCAUCCACAAAGAAAAUAUAGUAGCGGUGAGUGGUGUACCCGAUUUUGUGUUGGAUGAGCACGAACAGAAACAAAUGGAUAUAAAGGCCUCCUCAAACGACGUUGCAAAUGGAAUGUCGUUCCAAAAGUGGGACAUGGAUGAGAUGGCGAAAGAACGAGACACUGGCUCCAUCAUGGUCGUUUUAAGGUUAUCUUCCGUGGCCACGAUCAAGUCUAGCACAAUGUCCACAACAAGCGCAAUGGUACUAGCACUUUGCGACGGCUUGAAGGUUGUGUUUCAAAAUAACACCGGCACUGGCACCUUGGACGAUGGGGGCAAGCCCAUUAGUUGCCAACCUUAUAUGUAA